AUGUCCCGUGGACGUCAUACGGAUGAUAUACUCAAUAUCAAUGUCGGUGGAAAGAAGUACACAGUUCGACGAACGGACAUGCUGGCGGACCCACGAUCGAAGCUCGCGGAGUGGUUCAAGCCGGGUACCGUGAAACCUAUUGCUACGGACAAGGGUGGAAACUACUAUCUGGAUCGUGACGCUAAGACUUUUCGUCACAUACUAGCCUAUCUUCGUUUGAAAAAAGAGAAAUUUGUACCGUCUCUCGCACUUCCAAGCAAGCCAGACGAUUUAGCAAAACUGGUCGGUGAGUGUGAGGCACUGAAUCUUUCCGAACUCAAAGAUCUUGCAUUGGAUUUACUUCAAAAGUAUCAACGAACUGAAGAACAACACUAUGUGACAUCAUUUGUACAGGUCACACUUCGCGACUUCGAAAGUUGGCAAUUCGAAAGGGAGCAGAAUCAACUCGCCCUGAAGAAGAAGGCUUCGGCUGAAGAGGAAUAUCAGCCGAAUUCCGCUUAUGACGAAUGGGACAAUCUGUGA